AUGAACGCCGUCCUUUACAAGAUCGCCACCGUGGGCCUCCGCCUCACCCUCCGUCGCGAGAGCGCCAACUUGCGUGUCGUCCAGGAAGAUACUCUUAUCCUCACCCAGGCCACCCAGGAACCUUCUCUAGCCCAGGAGGAACCUACCAUCGCCCACGAGGAGUCCGCCGCUUGCCUCGACGAUAUCGACGUCGAAGUGCCCACGACCGCCACCGAACUGUCCGCACCGGUCGCCAUUGAAGAGCCCAAGCCCGCCGCAGAGGAGCGUCGCGAGGAUGUAUCCGAGAGCUCGGCAACGAGCGACGAAGAGGCGCAGGUUGCGUCUGCUUCGGCCACCUCGGAGGCCUGCGACACUUCUGCGGAAAUGGUCGAGAGCGACAGUUACUCCGCGCCGCUCGUUGAAGCGUGGCGCCCGAUGGAGCAGAAGGACAUCGACAGGCUCCGCCGCCGCCAUGGGGAUUCGGAGAAAUUCUACGAGUGCCUCCAGUGGGAGCUAACCUACGGCGCGUUCCUGUUCCAGCACUUGCAGCCCUCGAUCGAGGAAUGGGAGGCGCUGCACGAAACCGAGCAAUUCCUUCGCAGCAUGGAAUUCAUAGGCGAUCGCCGCAACGGUUGCGCGUACAACAUCCAGGACCGCGUCCCGCACCCGGACGACCUAUACCGACAGUGCCUUUACAAGUGCGCGGUGCUCGACCCCGCGCGCCGGCAGCAGGAAGAGGAAGAGCGAAUGAGGACGGACCCCGUCGGCGUCCUGAUGGAGGCUAUGGAGCACCGCGAGUGGUUGCGCGCGUUGCAGGCCGAGGAUGAAAAAACUGGCAUCGCCGCGUUGGCCAAGCUCGAACUCUCUUCCUCGACCCGGUACGCCGCCGGCGGGGCUAUCAGCAAGGGCCGGCAGGGGCUCAGGAGCGCGUGUGACAUGAGUGACGACUUGGAGGAGAGCAUGGACGAAUACGAGGACGACGAAGAUGCGCCGACUGACGCCUCGGAGGUGCUUGAUGACGGUCUCAGCGAAGGCCAGCAGGCGCUCAAGGACAUGUACGACAUGAUCGACGGCUACGAGCAGAGCGUGGACGACUAUGAUGAGGACGAAGAUAUUUCCGAGGGCCAGCAGACGCUCCACGACAUGUACGACAUGAUCGCCGACUUCCAGAACGACAUCGCCGACUAUCAGGAGAGCCUCGACUCCGAGCGGGCCUCCCGCGCCAAAACGGCACUCCGCCCGGCCAUCGAGCCGGCGAACCACUUCGCCACGCACGCCGCCACCCUCGCCGUCGUCUCGGAUAACGCGGACGAUUCGCCCCUCAACGGGAGCGACGUCGCUUCUGCUUGCAGGGCUGCCCGCCAUUCGCGGCGGCCGUCCACCGUCAACGUCGAGAAGGAGAACGGCGCUCUGGCGUCGCGCAUCCCUCGACCCCGCGCUCGGCCUUCGGUUUUAUUUUCUUUCACCAGCGCCAGCCCUGCUUUCUCUAACGCCGCCCUCGCCAGCGUCGCCUCCCGCGCGCCUUCCACACGCAAACCCUGCCUCGCGCCGCGCGUGCUGCAAUCGAUGGCGACGAAACACCACGUCAAGCGCGUUACGCUGACGUCCAAGAAGAACUGGUGGAUGGUCGAGCUGGACGAUGACGACCAGCCGAACACAUCCGCCAACUCCUUCUCCUCCAGCGAGGAGACCGCCGUCGCCUUCCCCCCACCCGGUACCGCGCCCGGCUCCCCGCGCACGGGCGACCACCAUCCGUCGAUGCUCGACCGGCUGCACCACCACCACCGCCUCCCCUCGCGCCAGCCCACGCGCGACGCGAGCCCCGCCCCGCCCGCACCCGAAGCCUUCAACAUCCCGCGCCACCCGUCCUCCAUCUUCUCCUUCCCCACCCCGACCUCGUACGCGGCCCCGCCCAACCCGACCGCGCACCUCGCGCCCGUCGCGCACGGCUCCGCCUCCGAGCUCUUCAAAUGCAUCGUCAAAAAGCCCGAGGUCGUCCAGCUCGAGAUCAACGGCGAGAUGCAGACGAACGCGGGCGACGUGACGACGCAGUUCCUCGCCGAGCUCCGGGUGUACACCCGCGUCGCGCGCCACCGCAACAUCGCCGCCUUCCUCGGCUGCCUCGAGGGCGUCGGGAUGGUGCUCGAGUGGAUCGACGGCCGGACGCUGUACGACGCCCUGCGCGAGGGCGCCCUGCGCCCCGCCAAAAAGGUCGACUACCACAACCAGCUCCUCGACGGCCUCACCCACCUCCACUCCUUCCGCCUCUCCCACGGCGACCUCUCCCUGCUCAACGUCCAGGUCACGCGCGGCGACGACGUCGUCAAGCUCCUCGACUUUGGCCGCUCCGUCUCGGCCGACUCGAUGUACGCCUCGCCGGACGACGAGAUCCCGCCGGACCCGUUCGCGCCGCACCAGCUCGUGCGCGCCGCGUCGUCGUCGACCCCCUCCUCCUCCGCCGAGCGCACGUCGUUCUUCAAGCCGCACGAGCUGCUGCACAAGGUCGAGAUCAUCUACCCCGGCACGCGCCCCUUCUCCGCGCCGGAGAUACUCCGCGGCGAGUGCGCCGACGCGCUCCUCGCGGACGCGUACGGGUUCGGCAUGAUCCUCGUCUGCCUCGAUCGCGGGACGACGGUGGACGUGAAGCCGUGGGACCAGCGGAAGGAUCUGCUCCCGAAGGGGUUCCUGGACGGGCUGGAGGUCUUUGGGGAGCGCGCGGCGUGGUAUCUCACCCGGUGGGAUCUUCGGAGACCGCUAAGGAAGGAGGACGCGAUCCUGUGAAUCGAAUGGACCGUGUUUUUUCGCGUCUGAACGUCGUCGUCCUUUUUUUUUUUGCACGCUUUUUCAGUUCUAUCGCAGGUCCCGUGUCUCGUAUUGUAACGCGAUGGAGCUCCCGUCCCCCUUCAGGCAAAUGUACCACUUAAUGCUGUAUAUUAAUCGUAGUCGUAUCCACGCUUGUAUCGUCUUGCAAACGCAUACUUAUAC